CUCGUGAGCAGGUGGCUGACUGUCUUCAAGUAGCCGCGCAGGUGUGAAGUGCACGUCCGUAAUUGGCGAGCGUGUGUCGAAAACGGCUUUUAAGCGACAAGAGGAGGCGGUCCAAGUCGGAACCGCUUCAGCAGCAGAAGAAGCGCACGGAGGCACAGGCAAGUGCACGGGUGUCUGUUUACUGUUGCCUCGCUGAAAAAGAAACCUCAGGCCCUCUCAUGGUGCACAACCUGACCCACCCUUAUCCGGGAUUUGUUGUUCACGUCCAAAUAAAUCUGUUAAGCCGCCUCACUUUCUGCUCAGAUCUUGUUUGGACUGACCCAUGCAACAUUUCUGACUCAUUUACUCUUUGGUUUUUCAGGGGGUUUUUUUCUGCAUAAUGGAGGGAUUUUUUGAGACGUUAUCGAAAAACGAGUUUGUCAGCGUUUGUGUUCGAAGUCCAAGAAUCCUGAGGAGCAAACUGUGGCACGCUCACAUCGACUAUGAGAUCUGCUUACAUACCAACAGUGUGUGCUUUCAGAAGAAGACUUCCAGUGUAAGGCGGCGGUACAGUGAGUUUGUGUGGCUGCGUCACAGUCUGGAGAGGAACGCGCUUGACAUUGAAGUCCCCAAAUUGCCCCCCUGGAAUCCCUUCUUCAGUCUCAGCAACACACAGCUGGUCACCCAGAGGAUGGAGGGGCUGCAGGAGUUUUUACAAAUCGUGAUUCAUACACCGCUGCUGUUGUCCGACAGUCGCCUCCAUCUCUUCCUCCAGUCCGAGCUCAGCGUCCUCUGCAUUGAGAAGUGUGUUCAGGGUAAGACCAGGUUCACGGUAUCCCAAGCUAUCCAGCGCUCUAUGAGCCGAUACGACAGUUCUCUCGUUGACAAGGCGUCCUGCGACUCAGACAGUGAAAGUACCUCAUCAUCAACCGGCUUGGAAGGAAGUCUAGAUACCCCCAUGAGAGGGAGCCCGAUUCCCUUUUUCGAUUCCACCGAUGCAGAUCCCGACUCUUUUAGUGACUCAUGAAUAGGCUGUUUGAAUUUAUUUUAUGUAUCCUAGACAUGUUUUAAAAGAGUAAAAAAACGAUCUAUAUUUUUCUUAAUUUCUAGAGGCCACAACUUCAUUUUUUAUAUUUAAUGUUAUAUCUUAAACUUAUCAUUUAUAAGGAGAAAUGUAUUUGCAAAAGAAAUCCAUUUUUUAAAAUGAAAUGUACCAUACUUACACUUAUAACUUUGUCAUGAAUUAUGUCUUCAUUGAGGCUGAAAUGAAGACGCUGAGUUUUUGAAUUCUAAGGCGGUGUGCAAAAAUGCCAACAGUUUUAU